AUGGCCUGGAGCUUCCAUGGCAAAGUCCAGCUUGGGGGACUGCUCCUCUCUCUCCUUGGCUGGGUCUGCUCGUGUGUCAGCACUGCCCUGCCCCAGUGGAAGACUCUCAACCUGGAUCUGAACCAGAUGGAGACUUGGACCCUGGGGCUGUGGCAGGUGUGCGUGGACCAGGAGGAAGUCGCCACCGUGUGCAAGGCCUUUGAAUCCUUCCUGGCCCUGCCCCUGGAGCUCCAGGUAUCGCGCAUUCUCGUGGUGGCCUCCCACAUGUUGGGACUGCUAGGGCUUCUGCUCUCUGCCUCUGGGUCCGAGUGCUUCCGGUUUCACAGGAUGAAAUGGGUCUAUAAGAGGCAGUUUUGCCUCCUGGGCGGGACCUUAGAGGUGUCAGCUUCAGCCACCAUGCUCUUUCCAGUCUCCUGGGUGGCUCACUCAACUAUCCGAGACUUCUGGGAUGACAGUGUGCCUGAGAUUGUGCCUCGGUGGGAAUUUGGAGAUGCCCUUUUCCUGGGCUGGACGGCUGGAGUCUUCCUUGCUCUGGGUGGACUACUCCUCAUCCUCUCGGCCUGUGUGGGGAAGGAAGAUGUGCCUUCUGCCUGGAUCGCUGGGCCUGCAGCCCCUCUACCUGGUGCCACAGGUGAGGAGUCACACAGCUUCUUGCACCUCACACCAAGACCUAGGAUCAUGGUCAUUUAG